AUGCGGAUAAGUAAUCUAUUAGUCUCCUGCAUUGAAAAUCUUUCAAAUGAACUUUUAUAUGAAAUAUUUGAUUAUCUGGAUGGUAAUGAUAUUUUCGAAAUAUUUUCUAAUCUUAAUUAUCGUUUUCAAUAUCUUAUUACCUGUUCAUCAAUUCCAUUCAAGAUAAAAUUUCGUUCUCAUACAACAUCACAACUCAUAGAUUGUUGUAAAACUGUUAUUGUUCCAAAUCGGCAUCAUAUACUUUCAUUAAAUUUCGAAGGUGGAUCAUUAAUUGAUAACUUUUUCAAACAUUGUAUCAUCGAUUCAUCAUUUACUCGUCUUCAAUCAGUUGUUCUCAGCAAUGUUUCAAUCAAUCGAGUCGUGAGUCUUCUGUUUUAUUUGAGAUCUUUACCUCAUCUCUUCUCAUUGAAUAUGAGUAUUAGGGAAGAAGAGUACUUUGAUCUCAGUGAUAUCUAUCGAAUAAUUUUCACUUUACCUUCUUUAAAAUAUAACAAAUUAUCAUUAUGCUUGGAGUACGACGAAGAAGAUACGAAUAUAUCCAUACCACUUGCUCUCAAUGAACAAUUCAGUACAAUUGAAUAUAUGGUUAUUAAUCACACUUGUACUCCAGAUAAGCUUAUGUCUAUACUCUGUCAUACACCUCAACUUCAUCAUUUAAUCUGUGAAACCUUGGAAGAAAUAGAGCCUGCUUCUACAAAUGAACAAUCAAUAACACUAUCGAAUUUAGUAUAUAUUCGUAUCAAUAAUUGUCAAAUAGAUUUUGAUAGAUUUGAAAUGUUUAUGAAGAAAGUAUCUUCUCAAUUACAAGUAUUACGUGUCAAGCAAAAAUAUGAUAAAGCUUAUCUUGAUGCUGAUCGAUGGAAACGAUUAAUCGAAAAUUAUAUUCCCAAUUUGCAGGAAUUCAUUUAUGAAUAUCCUGGAUACGAAUAUAAUGAUUAUGAGACUACAUCUCUCGAUACAAAUUUUAAUCAAUUCAUUUCACCAUUUUGGAUGAAUAAAGGAUGGAUAUUUGAAUUAGAAAUUAACAAUAAAGAAAUUAGCUUUUCAAUUCAUCCACAUAAGAAAAUAUGGUUCGAUGUUGACGGAAAUACAGAAAAUGUUCCUAUUCGAAAAAAUAUUGAUAAUGCUUUGGCUCCUUUCAUUCCAACUAGUCAACUUGUAAUCAGUGGUUGCUCUUCUACAGAACAAAAUCAAACAUUUAUUGAUGAUUUCAAAGCUCUGUUUGUUGCAAUUCAAUUUACUCAUUUGAAUAUUAACUGUGAAAAAGUACCUAUUGAAAUGUUAAUUAGAAUCAUACAAUUGUUACCUAAUCUUGAUUCAUUGAAAGUAUCAUGUAUGCCAAUCAUGCAAUCAGCCUGGUUGUUUAGCAUAGAUAGAGAUUUGUUUUUUCAAACAUCGAUCAACAACAAAAUUAAAAAAGUCCAUCUCGAGAAGAUCAUUGAAAUAGAACAAUUAAAUUUUCUACUCUUUCUUUGUAAUUACAUGCAAUAUUUUCAAGUAGAUUGUGGAAAAGAUAUGGAUCUUGAACCUAUUGUGCGACAUAUUUUGAUGAAGACCCGUAUAUACAUUCCACAUCUUACUUGUUUACAUCUCAAUGUUCAAAGUGGUAAUGAAGAAAUGGUUUAUAACUUACAGAGACUGAUCGAAAAUGAGAAACUAUUAAAUAAAUAUACGAUAAAACGUAUUUCCGAUAAUAUUAUUCUGAGAUGGAAUUGA